AUGAGAAAACAAAAUCGUCCCAAUCAAGUGAGCCUCUUUCGAGCGCUUUCGAGCAUGCUGAGCAUGACUUCAGAAGUUGCAGACGGCACGGAAACAGAUGCAAAAUUUGACAGUGGAGCUGUUCGCAAGGGACGAGAAAGUCCGUCGGCAGCUGCUUGAUGACGCUCUCGCGGUUUCGCCCACGCAGAAUUCUCCGACCGUCGUCUCGCCGACUACUUCCUCGACGGAACCGCCUCCGCCCGUCCUGGAGCCGAUCCCCGAACUUGUACAGAUUCUGUUGGCCCCCGAAACCCGUGAGUUCGAUGCUUUAAUCAUAUGGCAGCUAAAUCUGGUUUACAGAUUCCGUUGUGAGAAAACCGAAGCCGUUUGUGAAGAAACACAAAAAGGAGGCUCCUGCUCCACCUCCUCCGAGUGCCGAGGAUAAGCCAACUGUUCAUUCGCCCAUUCCUCCCAAAGAGAUAAGGGCAGAAAAAGAUAAUCUUCCGGAGCAUCCAUCUACUCCUCCGGCCACUUCGGAGUCGCAACGCGAAUCGGUAGAAUCGAUGAGCCCGGAGGAGGCUCUCACUUGUGCUCAGAUCAUUGCCGAGGAAGAGAGACGUGAGGUCGAAGCUCAACAAGAAGUAGCUCAAGAAGAAAUUGCCCCGGACGUUCCGACUCCAACUCCGACUCCAGUCCUGGUUCCAGAAGAAGAGGAGUACGUGACCCCGCCGCCUCUGCAACGUGUCCCGCAGGAAGCUCAGCCGAGGCAUUUGGCCAGCAUCCGUGCCGUCACCGAAUCAAUGAACAUUGCCGCCCAUCCGACGAGCCAAAACCAGGAGCCCAUGUCGUUCGCCGCGUGCGUUCGCAAGAUGCCGUCCAUCGAGAGCAUGAGUCUAGCGCCGUCGCCGUACGCGAGAUUUGACGGCAAGUCGAAUCCGUUCAACAAUGGACCCAACGGAGGAUUCGGCGAAAAAGAUGGCAAGACGGUGAGGGCCGUUUUGCAACCACGAUACCAAACAUCCAGGUUUUUUAGAACCCGUUUGCUAACCGCAAACGCUUCGAUUUCGACUCUCCUAGCAAUACCUCUAGUCGCUCCCUCGACCGCCCAUCGUUGGACCGUGACUUUUCCUCGGACGGAUUCUCUUCUAUGAGUUCUACCUCAAAAAUCAACCGUACCGUGAUUCCACGUAGCACUGACAGCUCCGGAACGAUGCCUACCUACUGGAAGAAUCGUUCGUUCUCCUCGGCCAGCUCCUACUAUCCGCAAAGCCAGAGAUCCUCUUCGGCUCAGUUCUCUCCGAGCAAGAGCAGCAUGACCACUCUGAACAUUCCGACACACGGACACAUGGAGGAUCUCGACGGAUAUCUGGUCUCGAGUAGCAGUCAGUCAAGCGCGUUUGGCAGCAAACGAACUGACCUGACUAUGAAGUAAGCGUUAUAAUUUUUUCGAAAGAAACAUCAACAUUUUCAGGAAGGAGCGCUGGGCUCGGAUGAAGGCGAAGAAGCGUCUGCUGAGAAGACCAAUCGAGGACGAGUACUAUGAGGAUCCGGACGAGGAGGAAGAGAUCCUUCGCGGAAAAGGAGUCAUGCUCAAUCAGAUUGUGCAACAGAACCCGUCUGGCCACUACGAAGACGCCGACUUGCUCCGAAAGUACCGUCGUGACGUGGCAUUUGUGAAGGAGAAAGUUAUGACGGCUAUCGACGGGAACAUCGAGGGGAUUCGCGAUCUGCGUUUCAUUCUGGGAUCGGUGCAAACGUACGGAAACAUUGACGGAGAGUGCAUGAUGGCCGAGUUAGCGCUCAAUGAAUUCUCGCUUUUCUCGGGUAUUCUGGAAAAGUUUCAUUCAGUAGUAGGCCCGUGGACGCCGGAAAAUGAGUCUCAGCGAAGACGCGCCAGUCGCCACGCAUUCGAAACGCAUCGCAUUCCACUCCAGCACACCAUCACCACUGUGUCCAAGAGAAAGGCGAGUUGAUUAUCUUGUGCGACCCUCUCGAACCCGUAUUCUUGUUUUCAGUUGAUCGAAGAGAUUCUGGGGCGUGUAGAGCCGAGUAUCGCGUGCCUCCAGGGCGUCCGAGUCGGUCUGUACGGCGAUCAGUGCGAUGAGAAGUCACGUGUCGACCUGAACAUCAAGAACGGCUUCAAAGAUCCGGGAAUGUUGUGCGACAAGGACGACCGCCGCUUCAUCCUCGUGCCCCAAAGUGAACUCGAACUGAUGGUGGAGAGUAUGAAGCACUUGGCCGCAAACGUCGGACUCCAGUACGAGGGAUUCCCAACUCAUCAAAACCGAUACGUGAUCGUCGAGGCGUUUGUCGAGGCAAUCGCCGAGAUUAUGGGCGAAAAGAUCGACGUGGAGACGAUGCGUUGGUUCAGUCUUCUCGGACAGAAAGUGGAAGCCGCCGAGGUGAGUUGUCGGUAGGGCGAAUGUGCACAAUCAGAACACUUCCAGAGCGUCUCUCCGUGGGAAACGGGCACCGAUUUCCACUGCGCCCGUCACUCCGAGCCCAAGAGCAACUUUUGUGCGGCGGUGACCGUGGGCCGCACGUGUUGCAUCAUCUACCAUGUGCUAGGCGGCUUCUUCCGUCGUUAUCACCUGAAAAAGAUCCCGACGGCUCACUUAGGACCGUCCAACUCCAACGCCAGCCCGGCUUUCCAUCAUCGCACUUAUUACUGA